AUGCCUCCCAGGUCCUCCUCCCCGUCCUCCAGACGCUCCUCCGCGACGUCCCCUUACCCCGCAUCCGCAGCCCGCGCCCCCUCCGGUCAGCCAAAGUCGUCCAGGCAGCAGUUCUCUGCCUGCGGUGCGUGUCGCAUGCGAAGGGUUCGCUGCGAUCUCAAGGACCUCCCCCUCACCACCACCGGCCAACAGACCCACUGCUCGAACUGCAAGGAGCGCGGCCUCAAGUGCGUGGAUGAGUUCGCAGAAGUCAAAGCUGUCAAGCUCCUCCGGCGCGGCCGCCGGCUGCAGCAGGUCGAGGCCGUCUACGGCAAGACACUCGACGAGGAUAGCGACCUUUACCAACCCCCCACCCUCACUCCCAACCUCAUCCCACGACUCAGGCCGGAGUUCUUUUCUUCUCCCUUCUACAGCAGGUUCCACGUACAAUACCCAAUUAUCGACCCCUCCGAGUUUUGCUCUCGGUUCUUCGAGUUUGCAAAAGGGAAUUGCAAUGCAUUGGACAUCUCCGGCCAGCUCAUCGCAAUGAUACUCGCCGUCUGGGCCACCAGCUUUGGCGUCAACGAGUACGGCAUCGAGGAGGUCGAUAACAGUCCGCACGCCAUCCACAACCGUCAAGAGCGCACGAAUGAGAUGGUGAGAGAAGUAUUGCAGCUCAUCGAUAUGCACGGCGUGGUUCGCAAGCCCACCUGGGACGGUGUACGCGCCCUGCUAUUGUUGUCGCCUUUGACACAAGAUCUUCCAGAGGUUCAGACCCCUAUGGAGAGACUUGUCAUGCAUGAGGCUACGAUCAGCCAAGUCUUCACCCUUUGCAGCAUGGCUUCCGUGUCAUCAGUGGGCACCGGCCAGGGGAAGGGGGUUGACUUGUUGGUCAGAUCCCGUAUCUUCUGGCACGCACACGUUGUGGAGGGCAUCACGAGUGGGCUCCGCGGAGGAAAACUCCUUCUCUCCGACGAGGAUCUCAACGCCUUUCAGAAAACAGUCCCUCCGCUCGGUACCACCGCCGUCACAAGGUCCGAGGCUUACGAAUUCACGUACCGUUACGCGCAGGUUCCCCUCCAGCUUGCGUCCGCGUGCCGCAAGGUUCACGCGGCCCUCACAGGCCCCAGUGCUCGACAGAAUGACGAGAUCGACGAAAAUCUGCUCCACGAAGCUUGGGGAAUUCUGGAUCAGUCAUGGAAGGCUUUUGAAGGUUUAAAGGAGCUGGGAACCUUGGGCAUCAUUCGAGCGGAGGAAGUGGAGCGCUACAUCUAUGGCUGGCAGAUCUUCAUCUUCGAGUGUUGUGUAUGUUUCACAGUCAACGUCAUUCGCGAGGCACUCAAGCAGCGUGUCGUCGUUCACUCUAGUCGAAGAAAGACUCCCGAGUGUUCGCCAAUCGUAAGGAGCCCAGCCACCACGGAUGCAGCGACUCGUUUGCUCAAGGUUGCGACUACCCGAUGUUACACCACAGUGAAACGCGUCGUCUCCAUCAUCCGUCGGUUUUUGGGAACAGCUUUUUUCGAAUACGACGCGUCCCUUGUGCGAGAUGGAGUCUUCUUCGCAGGAUUCAUGGUUGCGGGCGAAUCCGGGACGGAAGACGACGUGCACGUUUGUCUUCAAGCCUUGCAUCAAAUGCGAUGGGCGUUCUCCAAAAACGAAGAGAGGGCAAGGACCGUACGAUUGGCAUGGGAGGCAAGGAAGGCGUCUAGUGGACGAAAGGCACAGCUAUCCCCGUCCAUAAGCUCCAGCGAUUACGACGCGUAUGCCAACGCGCUGCCGUCACAGGACCCUCGUCAACUUCCGCCCUCUUCGUCCUUGUCGACCUCUUCUUCCCGCUCUUCUCUCCGUGGCGAAUUUUCUGCGCUCAACACAGGUGGUGCGGAGGAUGGCAGCUGGACAUCACCCUCGUCGUCUUCGGUUUCGUCUGGCGCGCGUUCACGUCAAGGAUCGCUUCAAGAAGACUUCAUGGGCCCGGGGUCGCACAGAGGCUCCCCGGUCUCCAACCAUGCGCCCACUACCCCACCCUUCAUGUCAGGCCCCACACCAACUCAGCUGCAAUCUAGGACGUUCAAUCCCGUUUCAUCCACUGAGGGCUCAGAUAAUGUCGCAGUUCACUCCUUGGUUCCCCACCGCAUUUCGCCCACGUUGCAAUACUUUCCAGAGCUCGAACACUUUUCCUUCAGCCCUUCAUCGGCGCCGGUUGGUCAUACGCCGGUGGGAAGUACUUCCCACCAAUCGCAGGCAGCUCCCUUCGCGUUUGACAACGUUCCUUCGUUGUCGCCCUUGAGCAUGCGCAGCCAUGAUUCCCAACCAAGUCAGAACUCGAUGGGGACCCCGUUUUCGGGGCUUUACGACCCUCGCUCGAGCAUGCUCUUUGCGGGAUCGUCGCACGCUGCCCCUCUGUCGACCGGUGACCAACAAUUCGGAGGCUCGAGUUCUUAUUACCAUUGA